GUCUUGACAUAGAUCCAGAGUUUUGAAGGUAGUUUGAGGAAUUACUGAAAAUGUUGCUGCUUUAAACUUUGCUAAUUUUGACUGCAAAUUUUGUUAUCUUCGAAUCGAAUGUCGAAAAUAUUUAUUGGGUGACUGCUGUGCAGCCUGUGCUAUAGGGGCAAGCAGCAGUUUAUGUUGCUUAUCCUGAAUUUAUUAUUAACUUAUACCAUCCUCUGUGUUUCAGUUUAUACUUGCUGCUUGCAACUUGGAUUUGUACUAAGUACUUUUGAGUUUUGAGUUUUUAUUUCUGUCCCUGUCGAUCUCGCACUCUUAUUAGUUGUUCGUGUAACAUUGGUUACUUCUGGACAAUGUGGAGUUUUGAAUUGGACUCAUCGAUUAUGAAGAAGCAAUGAAAGACUGAUCGUUUUAACUUGUGUAGUUAUUUCUCUGCCUUGCUGAAUUCGUGGAGGUUGUGACUGUUGUACUUGUAACUUGUUGUAUCGUCGAGUUUGUGUCAAGGUUGGAUUUGUUCGAUGCGUUGACGCAAACGGCAGCUUCCCCGCGGAGGACAGGGUACGCGCGAUGCUAGCGGACUGCUGGAGAACUGCAGAAUGAAUCCAGAAAAGCCUCCGAUAGCAUCGGAGUCGACUGUGGAGCCCAGCCACAUCCUGUGCAACGACGGUAUUGCCUAUGUCAACGAGAUUCCCGAGGAGCUCCUCAUUAAGAUAUUCCGGAGAAUCGAUGUCUUCACGCAGAAAAAAUUGCGGCAGGUGUGCAAAAAAUGGAACGGCCUGCUGAAGACGAAGAGCAUCCGCAAGUACGUGAUCCUGGAUUUGUCGGUGUGUCUGACGGACAUUGACUGGCUGUACUACACGGAUGACUGGUGUGCCGCUUUCAUGGGACCCGACACGGAGUACCUAAGCAUUCUGUGCGGAAAUGAUCUGGACAACAUCAGCGACGCUAUACUGCGGCAUUUCUUCUCGGAGGGAUGCCGCUGGGCGGUGUUGCACUGUCCGCAGCUGCGCCGUCUGACCAUUGUCGGCGGAAAGAUCGAUGUGCGCUGUUUCCUGGAGCUGCCGCGGACGGUGCAAUCGGCACGGCUGCUGGAUGUGCUGGUCGGGGAGCAGAUUGAGCCGGGAGUGUACAAUUAUUACAGUGUUAAAGUGGAUAACGAGACGAUCGAUCUGUGGGAUGUACGGAGACGGGAGGAGAACGUGGCGGCCACACUGGAGCGUCAUGCAGCGCCGUUAUUAGCCGAAGAGAUGCAUCGCUUGCAGCAAGAACUACCGGGAUUGACGGGCGAGUUGCAGAUUAGCACAGUCGGACUUCUACAAAGGCGAGAGCCUCGUUUCCAGCAAAUGUACUGCGUGGAUCUGUCACGGGUGGAUCUGGACAAACUGAAAGUAACGACAGUGGGAAUGCUCUACAAAUUAAUUGUGUCGCCGUAAAGUUGUUUAAAUCGUUAUUUGUAAAAUAAUCCAGGGAUGCCUUUGCAUCCUGGAUUAUUGUAUUGAUGCGUAGGUUCUGGUUUAAUUUAAUGUCCGGUGUAAAAUUUUAUUUUGCAAAUUUUAUCUGCGCUGUAGCAUACAUUCUCAGGAAUCUUGUUUUACGUUGAAACUGUACAUAGGUUUUGCAUGUUUUCGUUAUGUGAAUUGGUAUUUAAUGGUUAUCUAUCAUGUCGGUGUUCGAUAGAAAUGAAUGAGUUGAUUUUGCUGUCUGCAGCUUCGAAAAUUGUUUAUAAACUUGUGUAAAUACUAUGUGU